AUGCAAUCGAGCGUGCUGCGAUGGACGUUUCUCCUCACGCUCGUCUGGAGUAUCGCCGCUACAGCCAGAGACGAUAGAGGCGUACCCUUGGAUGAUGACACCACGGUCCAAUUACAUCUUCAUGCCAGAUCAGAGUUGAUUAUGACUGAAAAGCAACUACGACAAGAUCGCGAAUUUCGAGAAUCUCUCUCUCCAAUAGCCCGCCAAGCCGAGAACAUCGUUGCAGCGAUCAGACAAGAAGAAAUCGACUAUUUCUGGCGGAGGCCCGGUCCCGUUGGAAGAGAGGAUUCGGAACGAUUUGCAGGUAUGCAGUUUCAGAAAGCCAGACCAUUCAUCCUAGAAACCAAAUUGUGGGAGAUUGUCCAGCGCAUGCCGAAAGGUUCAUUGCUCCAUGUGCAUUCUAGCGCCAUUGUCCCUUUCGACAUUGUCUACAACGCCCUGCUGAACACCGAGGGUAUCGUCAUAUCGUCUUCUCAGCCAAUUGAUUCGGAGGUCGCGCAGAGGAACGCCACCAUCACGUUCACGCACAUCAAUACGACGAUUGAGACUGUUUCGCCCUCCAUUCACGAAGCCAGCUACGUGCCAAAUACCGAGAUUCCCAUCAGCGCUGCAGCAGCCAGUUUUCCUGGAGGCCGAGGAGCCUUUAUUGAUUUCCUGAAAUCGAAGUCAACAAUCACGUAUGACGAAGCAACACGCCAUGACCUGGGAGUCGACGCCAUAUGGAGAAAGUUUCAGAGCUGUUUUGGACCUGCUGGCGCCGCAAUGAAUUACGAGCCGGUUUUACGAACUUAUCUUCGGGCUUUAUUCGAGGGACUCGUCGACGAUGGCAUCACUUGGGUUGAGCUUCGCAGUGGUGGUUCCAGCCCAUCACUCAUCCCGGAGGGCGAAGAAGACGUUGACCCAGACCUGGAUUUCUGGUGGCGUGUCUUCCUUGAAGAAGUCGAUAAGUUCAAAGCUACCGAAAAAGGUAAGGAGUUCUGGGGGGUCCGAGUGAUUUGGUCGGACAUCAGGUCCUGGAAUCGGACAGUGAUCAUCGAUGCCAUGAAAGCUGCUAUGCAAAGGAAGGUAACAUUCCCCGAACUCUUUAGUGGCUAUGAUUUGGUCGCACAAGAGGAUCUCGGCCGUCCACUGGUCGAUAUCGCCCCGGAGUUGAUCUGGUUUCAAGAACAAACGGCAAGCCUCAACAUCUCAAUGCCGUUUUUCUUCCACGCGGGCGAAACCUUGGGUGACGGUAAUUCAACGGAUAAUAAUUUAUUUGACGCGGUGCUCUUCAACAGUCGCCGCAUCGGCCAUGGAUUUUCGCUGUAUAAGCAUCCCAAACUCAUGCGACUGGUGCAGGAUCAGCGCGUGAUGGUGGAAGUGUGCCCAAUCUCAAGCGAGGUGCUGCGCCUGGCAACUGAUGUCUUGCAUCAUCCACUUCCUGCGAUGAUCGCUCACGGCGUGCCGACUGCCAUCAGCAACGAUGAUCCUUCCAUCCUCGGCCAGGACGCACCCGGUUUGAGCUUCGACUUCUACCAGGCCAUCCAGGGCUUCGACAACUUAGGUUUAGGGGGCCUGGGCGCUCUGGCACAGAACAGUGUUCGAUGGUCCCAAUUUGAGGAUCAAAGCCAGGAAGAUUGGGUUCGGGACAUAGACCUAGGCGUUGACGGAGGCGGGAUCAAGGCCAAGAAGUUGAAGGAAUGGCAUGAGAAAUGGGAGACUUUCUGCUCUUGGAUAGUCGAACAGUACGGGGGCCAGUACAAUGUCACCGCCACUCUCAGUGCUUGA